CUGGGUACCGGGUACCCGCCCACCCCAUCCCCGGCUGUCUCCCCGGAGCCCGGUGGGGACCAGGUGUCUCCGGAGCGCCAGGAUGCAGCCGUGGCUCUGUCUCCUCCUGGUCGCGCAGCUUCUAGUUGUCCACAGCAGCACAGUCCUCCAGCAGAGCCCCAGUGCCAGCAUGGUUCAGACCCACGGAAUGGUGACAAUGCAGUGCCACUCAUCCAACAUGCUCAUCCACUGGCUGAGACAGCGGCAGGCCCCAAGCGAGGACAGUCACCUUGAGUUCCUGGCCUCCUGGAGUCCCCAAAAAGGGGUUAUUCUUGGCACAGGGAUAGAAGCGGAUAAGCUAACUGUGUGGUGGAAGAUGGACCGGUGUUUCCUCAAUCUCACAAACGUGAAGCCUGUGGACAGUGGCAUCUACUUCUGCAUGACCAUCGGGUCUCCCAGGCUGACCUUCGGGAAAGGGACUCAGCUGACCGUGGUUGACAUGCUUCCCACCACUGCUCAGCCCACCAAGAAGUCCACUCCUAAGAAGAGAGUGUGCCGGAUCCCCAAGCCAGUGAUCCAGAAGGGUUUGCCCUGUGGUCCCCUCAUCCUUGGCCUGCUGGUGGCCGGCGUCUUGCUGCUGCUGCUGUCCCUGAGUGUGGCCCUCCACCGGCAUUGCCUGCAGAGGAGAGCCCGGCUGCACUUCAUGAAACAGUUUUACAAAUGAGCAGAGACUCCUGCUACAAAAGAGUAUCGAUCUAUAAAAAGACAAGAACGGGAACCAAGACGGGACACGUUCCGCCAUGGUGCUGUCAUGCACCUGCUGCGGUCCCCUACCUGCUUGUAACUGCUGCCGAUUCUGUCUGCCGACCUCCCGCAAGCCAGCGAGGCUUCACUUAGACUUGGGGAAUCUGAGGGAGGAAACCCACAGAGCCCCCACAGGGCCCUUUCCAGAGGCUGCUGGAGAACAGAGUCAGAAAUGCCCCCCAAGACACCAGGACUGCUUCCUGUCCCCUCCCUGGGCUGAGUGCGGACCUUGGUGGGUUACUGUCCAGCUGCCAUCUUUGCCUAUUGCGUGGCUCAGAGAGGGUGUGACAUUGGUUCCUCUAACCUGGAGGGGACUUGGGCCAGGCUGGGACCGACUAUGUCCACAAGAUUGUCCCCCUCCCAGCUGCUCUGCCCUCUGCGUCCAGGAACAUGCUGGGAUUGGAGGGACAGAGUUCAGUUUGUCUCCCCUUGGGACACUUCUCCAUUUUGCUCCUGCCCUCUCAGGACUUGUCGGCCUCACAUUUUCUGUUCUCUCAAUGAAAGUGCUCCUGGCUGCAAAAAUAAAGUUAUGGAUUAAAACUUCA